UCUUUUUCUUUCUUUCUUUCUUUUUUUUUUUUUUUUUUUUUUUUUUUUUUUAAUUGAUCAUAAUUUAGUGGCGCUUGAUACAUUUGUGAAAGCGAUCUGCCCCCUUUUACGCGGUAGUUUCAAAACUUUGAAUGGUCAAAAUGGACCGUGCAGGAGUCGCUGUUUUAAUUGUUUUGGCUGUCGCGCUCAUGCGAGUUGGUGACAGUCACAGGGACGCGACAGGUGGGAGGCAAGAGGGUGCAGGGGCUGACCGGGCGGUCUGGGACCAGCCGCAUUCCCCGGGGAUCAGUCAAGGUCACUGGCCAGGGGGACCUCGGGGCGGCGGUGCAUCCUCGAGAGCGUCCGGUGAAACGUCUCCUGGGUCCGGCCAGUCUGGUAGGACUCUGGUCCGGAAGCCCAGGGGGACGUCAACUGCUGGCGCCUCCCGGGAAGAACUCGCAUCUGAGCCGCGGGAUGGUGCGCAGCGCACCGCCAGGCAGACGGUGAGCCAGCAGCAGAGAACCAGAGUGAACCGCAGGCAGAGCAGCAAGCCCGGUUCUACAGGCACAAGACGCCUCGUUGGGCCUAAUGUCUGCGGAGGACAGCAGUGCUGCUCUGGGUGGGCGCUUGCACCAGGAACCAAUCGCUGCAUAAAACCUGACUGCCAGCCCCCCUGCCAGAACCGCGGCUCCUGCAGCCGGCCACACACGUGUGUGUGUCGCUCGGGCUUCCAGGGACCCCGCUGUGAGGAGGUGGCCCCGGAGCAGGUGUACAUCCGCGAUCGAGGCGGCCUGAGGCGCGUUCAGCCUGGCACCAACCCUUUCCACAAAGACCAGCAGCAGAGGAGGCCCUCGGAAAGGCACGCAGUCGGCACCGCCAAGGUCCAGACCCCUCAGCCUGCGACCACCAAGCAGCCCGUCCAUACCGCGACCCAAGUGAGACGGGGACCCGCUGACUCCUCCCCUCAGCAGACCGGGACCUCCCGCACUGUGAAACGUUAUCCAUCAUCCUCUGGGCCCAUAACCUCCAACGCUCUACCCAGUGGCAACGGCUACGCUAAUGGCCACGGCAACGAGCAAAGGAACUCGUACGGACACAGGAAUGGGCACAGCAACGCGCACUCCUUCAACACUCACAGGCCUACCGGUGACAGUCAGCUGCACGGACAGUUCAACAAUGCGCUGUCGCCUGCAGGGGCCAACCUCACCUCUAACCUGGACCGCAUCAAGAUCAUCUUCACGCCCAUGGUCUGCCGCAGGGUGUGCAGUGGCGGGCGCUGCUACAACAGCUGUGAGAAGGGGGACGUCACCACUGUCUACAGCGAGACGUCGCACCAGCAGCAGCAGCAGCUGCAGCAACAGCAGCAGCAGCAGCAGAAGAACCAGGGCUUCCGACUCUUCUUCUGUCAGAUCCCCUGCCUGAAUGGAGGCCGGUGCAUCGGCAGGGACAUGUGCUGGUGUCCGUCAAACUCGACGGGAAAGUUUUGCCACCUGCCGGUCCCGCCCCCCGCCAGGCCCACCCCCCACAGCCACAGGGAUGCAAGCCACCAGGGACCGAAAUCUCCGUCCCACACCAUGUACACUCUGCCGCUGUCGAAUCAGCAAGCAUCUCUCCACCCGUCCUUGGUGAACGUCCACAUUCAACACCCUCCAGAUGCCGAGGUUCAGGUCCACCAAGUGGCCAGAGUCCAGCCGGGGCAGAGAGCAGCCAGCACAGAGGGGGCCCACUCAGUCCAGCAGCGCUCCCAGCCUGGCAACGGACAUGAACACACCAGUGAGCACAGCAGCAGACACCCUCAUGCCGCCGGGAAUGGAAACGGCCAUCACCACGCCACGACGCACAUCCGUCAGAACGGACACAUCGGAAGAUGCUUUCAGGAAACAGUCGAUGGACAGUGUGGCAAGCCUCUGCCAGGGCUCACCAAGCAGGAGGAUUGCUGUGGAAGUGUUGGUGCCUCCUGGGGUCUGAACAAGUGCCAGAAGUGUCCAACCAAACCAGCGUACACUGUGAUUGCAAACGGACAAGUGGAAUGUUCCAAAGGAUUUAAAAGGAGGAAUCUCACACACUGUCAAGACAUCAAUGAGUGCCUGUUGCCUGGGAUAUGCAAGAACGCCGACUGCCUCAACACCAAAGGAAGCUACAGGUGCACGUGUAAACCAGGCUUCAUGUUAGACGCUGCCAGGAUCCAUUGUGUGUCGGACAAGGCGGUGUCUGACCAGAAGGCGUCAUGCUACCGAUCCAUUUCAGCGGGGACGUGCUCGCUGCCUCUCGUUAAUCACAUCACCAAGCAGAUAUGCUGCUGCAGCCGAGUGGGCAAGGCCUGGGGCGAUGAGUGUGACCGCUGUCCGUUGCCGGAUUCAGACCACUUCAAGGAGAUCUGCCCAGCCGGCCACGGAUACACUUACUCGCGCUCCGACGUGCAGAUCUCCCUCCGACAGCUGGAGCACGGCGAGCUGCAGAACACGGGGGUGUCGCUGGAGGAGCAGGGCCCGUCUUAUCCCGAGCUCCCGUCCUCUCUGCCUUCGCUGCCGCAGCCCAGCUACCCACAAACGCCGCUGGUUCCUCGGUAUCCCGACUACCGCGAGACACCACAAGCACCCCGUUCCCCCCCACAGCAUCCUUCUCAUCCAGCCAGCGCAACCCCUCAACAGCCAGAAGAUGUGGAAAUUCUGAGCCCGCCAGCUGUUGUGACUGAAUCACAGCUGAAACAUCCAGAGGGCUACCCAGAAUCCCCGAGCAUCCGCCCAAGGCCAGAGUCAAGGGACACCAUAAACACAGCCACAGGUAUUGACAAGUGUGCCACGACCCCUGCUAUAUGUGGCCGUGGGAAAUGUGUUCCAGUGCAGACCGGCUACACAUGCCAGUGCGAUCCGGGAUUCAAGCUCAGCGCGCUGCAGACCAACUGCAUUGAUGUGAAUGAGUGCGACGAGGACCCGUGUGAAGGGAAGGGCCGUUGCGUGAACAGCUACGGUUCCUACACCUGCCAGUGCCACAGCGGCUACAGCCAGGUGAUCACUCAGAACAGGAAGUUCUGUCAAGACAUUAAUGAGUGCAGCAUGCCCAACAAGUGCCAGAAUGGCAAAUGCGUCAACACAGAAGGAUCUUACACCUGUGAAUGCAAGGGUGGAUACGCCAAGUCUUGGAGAGGCCUUUGCGAAGAUAUAGAUGAGUGCAGAGAUCCCAGCUCCUGUCCCAGCGGCGUCUGCGUCAACACUCUGGGUUCCUUCCUGUGCCAGGCUUGCGGCCCGGGUUUCAGGCCUCUCAAUGAAAGAUGUGUGGAUGAAAACGAAUGCUUGAACCAAACAGUGUGCGGCCGUGGCAGGUGCGUCAACACAGAGGGCUCCUAUAGGUGCAACUGUUUCCAGGGCUACAAACUCUCCUCAGACAAUGUUUGCCAAGAUGUGGACGAGUGCGCGCUUCCUGGAGCCUGUCUCCACGGCCGCUGUGCGAAUCUGGAUGGCGCUUACAGAUGCACCUGUAGCCAUGGUUACCGAGUCACCUCAGACAGCAAAUCCUGUGAAGACGUCGACGAGUGCGCAACUGCGAACGCUUGCCCUGCGGGAAUUUGCCUCAACACGGCGGGUUCCUACACUUGCCAGAACUGCAGGCCCGGGUUCGGACCAUCUGCUGACGGACUGAGAUGUCAAGAUGUUGACGAGUGCGCCCAGGGCGACCUGUGUCAAGGAGGUGUGUGCGCGAACACGGAGGGAUCCUACACUUGCACCAGAUGCAAGGCGGGCUACAGAGUGUCUCAGGACCGGCAGAGGUGUGAAGAUAUUGAUGAGUGCCAGUCCCUGUCCACCUGUGCCAACGGGAUCUGUCUAAACUCAGAAGGCUCUUACACCUGCGAGAACUGUCCUGCAGGUUACAGAGUGUCGUUCGACGGGGAACUCUGCCAAGAUAUUGAUGAGUGUGCGCUGCCCACCACAUGCCCCCAGGGAACAUGCACAAACACAGAGGGUUCAUUCUCAUGUGUCAUCUGUCAGCCCGGUUUCAGAGUCUCCGAGGACGGACGGCAAUGCGACGAUGUUGAUGAGUGCUUGGUGGCUAACUUGUGCCCGGGCCAGCUGUGCUUGAACACGGAGGGAUCUUACACCUGCAGGAGCUGUGAAGUUGGGUUUCAGCUGUCUGAGGAGGGACACAACUGCGAAGACGUUGACGAGUGCCAGACUCCAGGUGUUUGCCCCUUGGGCGUUUGCACCAACACAGAGGGCUCCUUCUCCUGCACGACCUGCGACCCGGGCUUCGCGGCGGCACCCAGCGGGCUCUCAUGUGAAGAUGUGAACGAAUGCGAGGACGGCAGCCUCUGUCAGGGAGGCCAGUGUACCAACACCAUCGGCUCCUACAGCUGCUCUUGCCCCUCUGGUCUGGAGCUGGUUGACGACAAAUCCUGCAGAGAUAUCAAUGAAUGUUUAACCAUCGGUGGGAUCUGCGGAGAAGGAGACUGCAUGAACACUGAGGGUUCUUACUUAUGCGUCUGUCCUGACGGAUAUACCACCAUCGAUGGAAGGAGCGGCUGCCAAGAUGUCGAUGAGUGCAGCAAAGAGAACGUGUGCGCGCGCGGACAGUGCGUCAACACCGAUGGAUCUUUCUUGUGCUUGUGCGAGGCUGGCUUCAAGUUCGACUCCGACACGGCUGACUGUGAAGACCAAAACGAGUGCAAAGAGUUUGGGAGCUCGGUGUGUGGUACCUGGCGCUGUGAGAAUACCUUCGGCUCCUACCGGUGCUUCAUGGGUUGUCAGCCGGGGGUUGAAGGAGAGCACACCGCAGACUGUGAUAUUGACGAGUGCGCCAAUGAAACCAUCUGCGGUAAUCACGGCUUCUGCGAGAACACAGAUGGCUCCUUCCGCUGCCAGUGCGACCGAGGCUACACCAACCCACCCGGAGACAUGAGCAGAUGUGUCGACAUAAACGAGUGCGAGAUGUCCAUGGCGCUGUGCGGGGAGGCCCUGUGUGAGAACUUCGAUGGCAGCUUCCUGUGCAUCUGCCCCAGCGACAAUCAGGAAUUUGAUCCCAUCACCAGCCAGUGCCGCUCCACGGCUGUGAUUGACACCAAACCCGUCCCUCCGUCCGCCCCCGUAGCCGAGGAGAGGAAGGAGUGCUACUAUAACUUGAACGAUGCAAACUUCUGCGACAAUGUCUUGUCGCGCAACACAACAAAGCAGGAGUGCUGCUGCACCGUCGGCGCCGGCUGGGGCGACAACUGCGAGAUCCACGCCUGUCCCCUCCAGGGAAGAGCUGAUUUUGACCAGUUGUGCCCCCGCGGCACUGGAUUAUUGCACCUGCCGGUUUCCACAACCCAGAGUGUUGCAGAACAACAGCUUUACAUAGAUGCAAAUGAGUGUGAAAUGUUUGGAUCGGAAAUUUGCAAGAAUGGACAGUGUUCCAAUCUCUUUUCCACCUACACCUGCUACUGUCGCUCUGGUUUCUACUAUGACAACAUCCGGCUUGAGUGUGUGGAUUACGACGAGUGCGAAUUUGAAAGCGCCUGCGAGAACGGAGCUUGUGUGAACACGGCCGGGUCUUUCAACUGUUUCUGCAGUCCUCCGCUAGUCCUGGACAGCACCCGCCGGCGGUGCAUUAGCCUCAACAGUACAGAAGAAACUUUGGAGGUUGAACCUGACGUGCACAUGGAUAUUUGCUGGCAGCGACUCGAGGGGGACAACAUGUGCGCAAGUCCCUACGAGGGAAGUAGAACGACCUAUACUGAAUGCUGCUGCCUGCACGGCGUCGCCUGGAGUGGACAGUGCGCCUUCUGUCCUGGAAAAGAGUCUGAUGACUAUGCAGUGAUGUGCAACCUGCCUCGGAGAGGAGGUACCGACAGUCUGCGAGGGGGAUUGGGAUAUGAGUACGGCCCUGAGGAAAAUGCAGAGCCUUUUGGUCCUCCGUACUGGGAUAAUUACGGUGGCCCUGCAGUACCCUAUGACGUCCCUGAGAGCGUUCCUCUCUUUAACGACAAUGACUACAGCGUUCAGCGGCCACCAGUCCGAGUUCCCGUCCCACGACCACGGGAGCACCUGCCACAACCGGUGGACUCCUAUGCUGAUCGCUACGAUGGCUUUGAGGGUCUCAGAGCGGAGGAGUGCGGCGUCCUGAACGGGUGUGAAAACGGCCGCUGCGUUCGCGUGCGGGAAGGCUACACCUGUGACUGCUUCGACGGCUACGAGCUUAACUUGGACAAGAUGGCCUGCAUAGACAUAAACGAGUGUGAGGACAUCAGCGACAAGGUGCCCUUGUGUCAGAACGGGCAGUGUACCAACACGGAGGGAUCCUACAAGUGCACCUGUUUGCCGGGCUUCGUGGCCUCUGCCAAGCCGCACAAAUGCAUCCCGGCCAUCCCGGAGUCCGCGUUCAGGGAGGCGGGAAACUGAGACAGAGGCCGGCCGUGGCGCCGACUUCUCCCGCUCCCUCAAAGAUCUCUUUACAUCCCCUCUGCCCUUUUCCCCCCCGAGGGCUCUAGCACUAAACCUCAAACAGCAACGCUGAAACGUCCAAACCCGUUUCCCUACACACGAACAUGUACAUACUAAAAGCACACACACUUGCAUUCACAUUAAUAUUCCCCACAUACACAUUCAGGAGGACCAGGAAUUGUGCAGUGAAUGUAUUACAUGGGAUUUUAGUAUUCACCAGAUUUCCAUUUGCCUUAAAGGGAUUUUGUGGACUGAUCUUUUUUUAUUCAGUGACCCCAGGCAAUUUGAUAUGCAGAUAUACUUUCCAUAUUAUUUUCUUGACACUCUCCUUGUUUUUGUUGUUGCUAUUAUUUAUUUCAUUUACCUGACGGGCCUCUGCAAACUAAGAAAGCAUCCUAUUCCAGAGGGUUUACUUGAUUCCUCUUGUCAUGUUUGUCUCACCAACUGAGACUUCAGCCAUAUGUCAGCAUGUUGAUCACUGUCCAACCUCUCACCAAUAUUAUCUCGCUCAGUCACUGUGACUGGCUGUGGAAUGAAUGGAUGCCAGGGUCGACAAACAUCAGAAAAUCAACUAAAGAAAUUCUCAUUAUUUCAAGAUUAGCUGCAAGGUGAAAGUCUGGGCCAGGAAGUGGGAGGUCAGCACAGCCACACUUUCACAAUAAAAGCUUCAGCCUUUACGUGGGGCAUGGAAAGACUGUAGAUGUAUAUGAUUAUCUAUGUAAUUUUCCUGAAAACCGUGCAAUAGGUGCACCAUUUUCAAACAAAGCAUGGACACAGUCACUGACCCCGAUUAAUUUUUCCUUUUUAACAGUAUUAACUUGUCUUAUUCUUAUGUAAAAAAAAAAAAACAAAAAAACAAAACAAAACAAACACUUUCCACAAAUAUUACAGCUUAAACCGAGAGAUUGGUUUUGUGCACCACGAUCACACAGGUUAAAGGAUUUCUUCCUACAGAGCAAUUGGAUUUCAGAUCUCACAUUCCCAUGUGCGCACAGCCGAACGCGUGUAACGACAAAGGCUUCGUUGGAGAGGUUUGGUAUAUUUUGUACAGAUCUAGUACUAUGUAUUAUUUUUGUUACAUAUCCUCUUAAUGCAUUAUAGCACAACCAAUAUUUUUGUUUGACAUAAACCUUAAAAAGUAAGAAAAAAUCUGGCAUUAUAGCUUUGUAGAUUUAUAUAUGUCUGUAAAAAUGUUUUUUUUUUCAUAUCUUUUUAUGUAUGAGGAGAGUGGCUGUACACUGUACCAGAGGAACUGUGUGUGUGCGUGUGUGUGUAUACCCUGCCCUGUGGAGCAGACAAUGAAUUAUAUUUUUUGGAAGCGGCAGCACUGUUCUAAUCACAGACGUUUUGUCUCCCUAUGUUCAUUACAAAGACAAUGCUUUUGAAACGCAAGCACCGGCUUCUGAGCGUCACAACUUUACAGCUACAUAUUUAGUAAUUGUGAGCAAUAUUUCUUAUAGUCUCUCUUUGAUCCGUAUGUCAUGAAUGUAUUGGUAUUGGUCUCUGAACUCCCAUUUGUACGUUUUAGCUUUUUAUAUCCCGGAAGAAAUCUCGGCAGCACAGAAAAUCACGAGUCUGAAGUUUGGAGGACUGACGUUGACCACCAUUAACCUGCAUUCAUAACCAAGUUGUACAAAUGUUUUCACUUGAUGCCCAGUGCACUUUACUGUGCUGUUCAAAUCAUUGCCUUAAGCGGACCAGAUGUCUAACAUUUUAGUUGGUAUAUUUAAAGCCUUUCAAAACUGCAAAUAACUUUUGAUAAAUGUCUUGAUGCAAAUCUGUGGUUAAUGGAAAUAUCAUGCUCAUUCAUUUUGUUUACCUCUUGACUGUAAUCACUAUCAGUCAUCAAAAUAAAACAUAAAAAAUA